AUGUCUACACGACCAACAGGAAAACGCCUCCCAAUCAGCUGCCAGGCCUGUCGAACACGCAAGAUCCGUUGUUCUCGCGAUGGCCGGCCAUGUCAGACCUGCGUCCGCCGCGGUCUCGGCGCUGAAGACUGCAUCUAUCUAGGCCAACCCCGACUAUCAGCCGAGCAGUCAUCCCCAGGUGAAAGCGCAGUGCAAGCAGAGCUACUGGCCAGAAUCAGGAAUCUGGAAGCCUUGCUCCAGAGACAGAUGAGCUCGCAGGCUGGCACACCGACAGGUGGCGCGGUGUCGCCACUGGGUGGGACGAGUGCAGCUGGCAGUUUCUCCGAGUCUGACAUUGGUCCAGGAGCUGAAUGGGAUAGCUUCGGAUCUAUUAUGGAUAAUGUUGGCUCGUUGCAUACCUCGCCUUCCGGUCAUGUCCGCUAUGUGCCACUCGCAUCGCAGUGGGAGUCUUUGGUGGCGAAGAGCCCCGCUGCGGAGUGCUUGAGGAAUAAUGAUUUGGAUCUGGUAGACGACGAUGAUGAUCUGCAGAUCCCAUUGGCGAAAAAUGGGACCGUCUCCCGGGAAGAGCUUUUGGCUACCCUGCCGCCUGGCAGUUGCUGUAAUGCCUUGAAGGAUGUUUACUUUCAGGUUUUUUCAUCAGUUUUCCACAUUCUUCAUGACUUGACAUUCGAGGCUGAAUAUCAGCAAUUCUGCCAUGAUCCUGGCAGUGUGUCAUUGUCAUGGCUGGCCCUAUUAUUUGCUAUACUUGCCAUAGCUGUCAGUGCGCUUGAUGAUGAUCAUCCUUUAUUGGCUGACCUCGGAAGAGAGCGCACGGUAAGCCGAAACAUCAAGAGCCUCUCAGCAAGAUAUCGUUCCGCUGCACUGCGGUGUCUUGCCGCCGACGGUGUCAUGUUCCGACAUUCAAUCAAUUCACUGCAGGCCAUGGUACUCAUUAAUUACGCUCGAGCCCACCGCGGCCUACCGAUUUGGACCUUACUUGGAUUCACCCACCACGUUGCAAUAUCAAUGGGUUGUCAUCUUGAUCCAGAGCGAUUCACAUUAGGGCCUAUUGAGCGCGAAGAGCGACGCCGAGUUUGGGCCGGCCUCAUGAUGCUCUACACAGUCCAAAACACAGCUUUUGGAAGUCUUGACCAGCGACCCAUGUCACAAGAUGUCAAAAUGCCCGCUGACAUCGACGACGUUGAUCUCCUCACUAGCCCCAACAUGACCAGAUCUGCAUCCUCGCCUGCACCAUCUCGUCCAACCCAGAUGACAUACCUUCUCCUCAACUUCCGACUUAAUAAAAUUUCCUCCAAGAUCUGUGAAGCACUUUUCAGCUAUCCAAGAACAUCUCGCCGCAGUGUCUCCACACUUGAAGCGGAAAUCAUUUCCGUUCGCGAAAUGGUUGAUGCUCGCUAUACACUCGACGCCAAUGAACCACUACCAACUCACCACCAGGCAAAUCACCAUAUCCUAUACAGCCAAAUACACCAGCUACUCCUCCUUCUCUACCGCCCAAGCCUCUGCCGCUACUUGCAAGGCGAGAUAACUCCUGAGACCAGCAACGCAAGAGCAAAGUGCAUUGCCUCCGCCAGGGCCUCAAUUAUGAUAUUCCAGACCUUAUUCGAGUCAUCCAGCUUCAAACCAUAUAGAUGGUAUACCAGUGGAUUGGGAAGCUUCCACGCGUUCCACGCUGCCGUUACAUUAGCAGUCAUACUGUUGAUUCCAGAGAGCCAAACCGAGUACAAAGAGACCAAAGAGACUCUGGACCGAGCCCUGGACAUGUUCGCUUCACUCUCCAUUCGAAGUGUCUUCUGCAGCAAAGCAGUCCCUGUUCUUCGACAAAUGAUUGACGUUGCCGCAGCAAAAUACAACCCCAACAACCUCACACACUCCCAAUUCCACCUCCAAGCACAAGCCCAAAGCCAAGCCCAGGCACAGGCCCAACUCCAACAAACACAAGCCAACAUGCAAAAUCAACUUCUCAACACAGUCCACACCCCACUCUCUACUAUGUCCAUGUCCUCCAUGUCAUCCAUAUCAGCCCUCUCCCCCGCGGGCACGAUGCACGACAAUUUCGUUCUAUCCCAUCCCCAUUCACAGUCUGGCUCACCGGUUCCAACAAUUGGUUCUUCAUCCAGUGAGCCGACUAUGCUUUCUGGCAUUGGCCAAGUGCAUCCGCAGAACUGGAUUGGUCCUACUUCUGUGCCGUGGGAUUCAUUAGGUCCCCCCAUCGGGGGAUACGUGUAUGGAUCUGGUCCUUGA